AUGGAGUCUGUAGCAAAUAACGAAGGUAUGUAUAUUCCUGUUUGUGAUGAUGCUUUGAAGCCAAUGAUUGGUAUGAAAUUCAAUACAUUAGUAGAAGCAGUUGAUUUCUAUGAACAUUAUGCUCGUUCAGUUGGUUUUGACAUUCGUAAAAUGGGCAACAAAUCAGUUCAAGAUGGCAUGAGCAGAGGAUAUGAGGUUUAUAAGUUUGUUGAGUAUCAUAAUCACUUAAUGGUUGCGGAUGAGCAUAGGCAUUUUAUGAUGGCCAAUCGCAAUCUGGAUCCUAUCCAUCGGAGGUUUAUGGAGGAUUGUGGCAGGUGUAAUAUUGGUCCCACUCUCACAUUCAAACUUUUGAAGGAGAUAAUGGGUGGACCUGAAAAUGUUGGAUGUGAUAUUAUUGAUAUUAGAAAUGGUUAUCGUGAUAUUAUGUCCAAUAUUGAUGAAUCAGAUGCUCAAAUGAUUUUUGAUUAUAUGCGUUCUCAAAAGGAAUCAUCUGAUGCCUUAUAUUAUGAAAUUGAGAUAGGAUCUCAUGGAAAGUUAACUGGACUUUUCUGGGUUGAUGCUAUUUCAAGACGAAAUUAUCAUAUGUUUGGAGAUGUAAUUUCAUUUGACUCAACAUACAACACUAACAUGUAUUGCAUUUUUUUUGCACCAUUCACUGGAAAAGAUAACCAUUCUAGACCAGUUACAUUUGGAGCUGGCUUGUUAUCAAGUGAAGGUAGAGACUCCUAUUCUUGGUUGUUUGGUUGUUUUGUUCGAUGCAUGGGGGUAGCACCCAAAUUGAUUAUCACUGAUCAAGAUUGGGGGAUCAAACUUGCUGUUCAACAAGUACUUUUACAAACAAGGCACCGAUGGUGUAUGUGGCAUAUCAUGGUUAAGGUGUCAGAUAAGUUGCCCAAAUCUUUACUUGGUAAUGAAGAUUUCAAAAAAGAGUUGAAUGCAUGUGUUUGGUCUGAUUUGUUAGAGCCCGAUGAGUUUGAUAUAAUAUGGAAUGAUAUAAUGGAACGGUAUGGAUUAGAAGACGUGCACUGGUUUGGAUCAAUAUUUGAAGAUAGAGAAUUCUGGGUUCCUGCCUAUUUUCGAGAUUUUCCCAUGGGGUCACUUCUUAAGACUACAUCGAUGUCUGAAUCGGAGAAUAGCUUUUUUAAAAACUACACAAAGCCACGUGCAAAACUUGUACAGUUCAUCAAUUUCUUUAAUUAUGCUGUGGGAGAUCAAAGGAAUGCCAAUUCGCGAUUGAACUACUUGGAUUACUCAACUAUUCCUGAUUUGUCAACCCAAUUGCCUAUUGAGAAGCAUGCAUCUACAAUCUACACUGAUUCUAUUUUCAAACAUGCACAACAGGAAAUAAGUACGGUAUGUGAGAUUGUUUCUAUAACUGUUGAGGAUAACAUCAAGAUGCAUCAGGUCAAGGACCAAUAUGGUAGAACAUGGGAUGUUAAGUAUGAUAGUAAGCAAGACACAUUCGACUAUAGUUGCAAGAAGUUUUCCAGAAUUGGUGGUUGA